AUGACGAAACAAUGGGAUAAGUACCGGGGCGUCAUCACCGCCGAAUACAAAGACCAAAACAAGCCACUCCACGAGGUCCAGCGGUUCAUGGCCCAGAAAUACGGCUUCCGAGCCUCAACCCGCGCGUAUAGAUCCCGUUUCGAUCGCUGGGGCAUCCACAAGUACUCUCGGCGCCAGCGCUCACACUCGCGGUCCCACAGUCCCAGCCAGCGGGACUCGGCCUCCGAGAGCGGCAGUAACAGUGGCAGCGGCAGCGAGAACAGUGGGAACGGUAACAUCCACCCGUCUCCGCGGCAGAUGAGCCCGGACGCUUUGGACAGCAGCAGCAGCGGCAGUGGUGGCUCGCAAGCUGACUCCCCACCGCCCAUGGUGGCGGUUACGACGAUGCCGACGGCCGAGAUGCUUUCUCCCACUGGUUUGUGCGCCGGCACAACGAGUGCGGGCUUCCGAAGCGUCCUAUCCCUCGCCACCAAACAAGCACCAACAGCAGCAGCAGCCGACUUCUCCUACCUCCACGUCACGCAAUCGCACAGCCCGGCCUCCACCGUCAACGUCAAUGCCGGACACAACAACCACAGCCCCAGAUUCCCCCUGAACCACCACCACCAGCACUACAACCACAACCCCAGUCACAACCACCACCACCACAGCCAUAACCACCACGCGUACGGGAUGUCGACAUCGUUCCACCCCAGCACGCACGACCCCAUGAGCAACUGUUACCACCCCCAGUCAUCCAAUUCGGUGCCGGUAUAUCGGCAGGAUCUCAGAGACCUACGGGGCGUGAUGAUGAUGGCUUCGGAGAUGGGCGGGCCUGACCACCACCACCACCAGGGCGGCGGGGUUUCGAUGGCUGGUAUGUCGAGCGAGUAUGGAUACUCGUUCGGGCUCCUUGCGGGGCGGGAGUAG